GCUGCUUACCCUUGGCUUCCGGUGACGUGGUUGCUAACUUGUGUUGAUGUAUUUUUCUCGUUUUUCUGUAUAAGAAAGUGGGGAAAGUACGCCGUUGACGGAGUGAGCCAGACCCAAAACGAGUCGAAAAGCUUUCACAAUAAUCAUAAACCUUGUAUUUCAGGUGGAGAAAGUGUAGCAUUGCUUGUGGAAAUGAAUAUUGGCUCUAAAACUAAGAAACGGGUGGUUCUGCCCAGCCGACCCGAGCUCCCCACUGUGGGUCAACUUCUGGAGGACAUCCACAAAGCUCCUCCUGAUGACCCGGUUUUCAGCAUCCUGGAGAAAACCGAGCAGACUUCGUCCCGGCCGGCGGACAGCGAGGCGGAGCUGCGGUUCCAGCAGAGCCGCCGCUAUUUGGAUCUGAACGGCCGACUGGAGGAGGCGCUGGGUCGGCUGCAGAAACAGAGGGAGGAGCUGCAGACGGCCGGGGAACAGCUGGACAGGACGGUGGAGGAGGUCAAAGGUCAAGUCUGCUGACUCAGCACAUCUCAAAGAGACACCGCUUCUUCUUCUCUUUAACUGAACUCUGCUACUGGAAACCCAGACAGACAGUGAUGGCUGACCUUUGACCUCACCUGUAAUCCCGCUUCAUGGUCCCUGAAUGUUUCUGAUCAUGAAAAGUGUUGCGAUCUAAAGUCAGCAGUUUGACCGCGAAAAUAAAUGAGAAAAUGUGCAGAAAUAAAAAUCAGAGUGGAAAGUAAAGGUGAGAAAAAAAGAAAAUAUUAAUUAGU